AUGAAUCCUAGUGAUAAUAGUUUAAAAAGAAUAAUAAGAGGAAGAAGAGUUGUUUAUAAUGGUAGAGUUGGUGAGGCUAUCUUGGUAGUUGAAAAUGGAGUUGUCAUUGACAUUCUACCAUACAAUACCUAUUUAACAAACACUGAAUUGUUGUUAGAUUGUACAGAAAACCUUCUAAUAAUGGCUGGUUUAGUAAGAUUUGACAACAUUGAAAGUAUAGAAUCAUUCGAUGAGAAAAUACUUUCAAUGCCUAAACAAGGUGUUACCACUUUGAUUAAUAUUUUGAAUGAUUCACCAAAUCUUUUGAAUAUUGAUAAAGUUAAUGAAUUAACUAAUAAUAAAUCUAUUGAUAUUGGUUUAAUAGUUGGUGCCGAUACAAACAUCUACAGAAAUAGAAUCUUUAAUGGUAGUGUUCUUGGAAUGUUUGAUUCAACAGCAAACAAUCAAGAUAUCUCAUUAUUGACUUCAGACUCUUCAAAUAAGGAGGCUAACCAUCUUAAAAAUAGAGUUGUUAAUAUUGAAAAGCUAUUGUUAACAUCAGAGCUACAGGAAUCAAAAGGCAUCCAAGAUGAAUCACUCGUAGCUCUCUCAGAGUCAGCAUCAAACAUACCUUCAGCACUUGUCGGUAUCAAUGAUAUCAAAGGUACAAUAGCAAUCGGUAGAGAUGCUGACUUUGUAGUUUGGAAUCCAGAGAAUGGUGUUGUCGAGAAAACCAUCCUAAGAGGUCAAAUCAUCUACAACAGAGAGAGCUCUCAUACAUUACCAUCACACGGUCAAAGAAUAAUACCUACAUUUAUUCAAACAUCUAAAUCAUUUCCAAACAUUAAGCUACCUGCUGUUCAAAGAUUGAAUACACUAGAUGACAAUUGUUUCUUAAAUGUUGUUAAUUUAUUGUUUGAAACAGCACCACCUUUAGCAAGAGGAAUGUUAGCAGCUAGACCUUACUUGAACUAUGAGCAGUUGAUUCAAACCGCUAUUGAGGUGGUGGCAAAGUGCACACCCGAUGAGAGGGUAGAGUUGUUGAAUUCACAUCCAAAGAUUGGAGCUAAACCAACAGAGGUAUCUACUCUAUCCUACAAAGAGCAAGGAUAUGAUAAGCAACCGAUGUCGGAUGAAGCUAAAGUGCUCGAAAGAUUGGCGUUACUCAAUGUUGCUUACCAGGAAAAGUAUGGUUUUACAUUCAUGGUGUUUGUGAAUGGACGUUCAAAAGCCGAGAUCAUUCCAAUCCUCGAGAAACGAUUGAAUCACUCGACCAAAGCACAAGAAUUGCAAACAGGAAUAUCAGAGUUUUUUGAUAUUGCUUCAUCAAGGUUGGCAAAGUUAAAAAUAGUUGUCUGA